CAACUGGAGAUCCAAGAAUCCCAGCUCCGGAGAGCCAAAUCUGAAAACGAAAUGCUCCAAAAGAAGCUCAGAGAGCGAGAAAAUCAGCUACAAGCCUUGUCUACCAAGUUUUGCAGUCUGGCAGAAGGGAAACACGAAGAAAUGGUGGUGACAAUAGAGAAGGAGAACUGCAGUCUUCGACAGGUUAUUACAGAACAAGAAUCUAAACUGGCUGAGCAGAACAAGCUGAUCAGUGAGUUACAGGGGACCGUCAGCCAGCUACAGGCAGAGGUUCUGGCCAGCCGAUCCCACAUGCGCAAGCAGCAGCGGGCCCAAGAGGCGAUGCAGAGCCAAGCUGAGACGCUGCAGCACAGGGAGCUGCAAGCUCGAGUGGCGCUCGAAUGCAUCACCAGCAGGUUUGAAAGGUAUCGAAGCAAAAUAAUUCAGGCUACGUUCAGCACAGCAGGCAGCAAGCCUCCCCAGGCAGAGGUCACGGAUGAGGAGGUGCUGGAGGCAAUGCAGAAAAUAAUUAAUGAGCGGAUGGAGUUCCACCAGGUGCUGAAACAGAAAGGCAUCAAGGUCCCGUCGCUCUACAGCAUCGAUGUGCCUACUUCAUCGCCUACCAGUGCUAAGGGAAGGAGGAAGAGUCCUGCAAGGUAG